GUGCAUGUGUGUGUGUGUGUGUAUGUCGACGGCACGGCGUUUACUCGUGCACGUUCUCACUCAUUAGUCAAGAUUUGUUCCUUUUUCCCAUUCUUGCUUUGUCACAAUCAAUCCCAAUUUGACGUAAAACUUGUUUUGAACAACGAUUUCCUAUGGAUCAGUUCCAGCUUUAAAGUGUGAAGCUUUGUUGUUUUAAAGUUGGUGCUUACUUACGUUCCUAACCUACUGUUUACCAUGGCGAGUGAACAAGGGUCUGGCCAGGGCCAGGUUCAAAUUAGAUUUAGUACAAAACAGGAACAGUAUGCCGUUCCAGACAUACCGUUUGCCGUACCAUCUGGAAUUACUCCGGCGGAGCUUAACACACUACUUAACCAAUUACUAAGUGAAAACAGAACAGAUAUUUCUACACCUGUAGACUUUGACUUCAUUGUGUGCAAAGAAUUCUUGAUUCAGCCUUUAAAUGAGUUAUUGGAGGAACGCAACAUUUCUAGUGAGGAGGUGGUGGAUGUCGAGUAUGUCGAGCAACAUCCUACCCCUGAGCCUAUGGAUUGCCUCAUGCAUGAUGACUGGGUUUCAGCUGUUCAAGUUCGCAACGGCUGGAUUCUUACAGGCUGCUAUGAUAACACACUUCAUCUGUGGACAAAAUCUGGGACCCAUCACUUGACAAUCCCUGGCCAUUCAGGUCCUGUAAAAGCUGUGGCCUGGGUAUCUUUAACUCCCACUGUAGGAUCUUUUGUGAGUGUAUCACAUGAUCAAACUGCAAUGCUAUGGAAAUGGAAUAUUGAAGAAAAUUCUGUUGACUGUAUUCAUGUAUGCCGAGGUCAUGAGCGGUCUCUUGAAUGUGUAUCUGUUAAUCAUAACUCAACACUCAUGGCUACAGGAGGGUGGGAUACCCUGUUAAAAAUUUGGACAACAUCCAUGCGUGAAACAGUGGCAGUGCCUGCUCAGUCCACUGGUGAUUCAGAUGAAUCUGAUGCCAAGAGAGCUAAAUUGGAAUUAAAAUCUCAUAUUAAGACUCCUAUAAUGACUCUUAAAGGACACAAAGAAGCCAUUUCCUCAGUUGUAUGGACAGAUACUCAAGAAUUAGCAACAGCGUCCUGGGAUCAUACUCUCCGGCUGUGGGAUGGUGAACUAGGUGGCAUCAAAACUGAAAUUGCUGGAAAUAAGCCCUUCUUUGAUAUGUCCUAUUCCGCUCUAAAUGGAACAGUCGUAACUGCAUCUGCUGAUAGACACAUAAGAUUGUAUGACCUUAGAUCUACUGAAGGAUCUUUAGUGAAAAGCAUGUUCACAUCCCACACAAAAUGGGUGCAAUCAGUGAAAUGGUCCACAACAGAUGAACACCUUUUCCUGUCUGGAGCCCAUGAUAGUCAAGUUUUGCUUUGGGAUUCUAGAAGCCCCAAAGCUCCAUUGUAUAACUUGGAAGGACAUGAUGAUAAAGUUAUGUGCUGUGACUGGAGCAAUCCUAAAUACAUGGUUUCUGGUGGUGCUGACAAAACCGUCCGAAUAUUCAAAUCUCGGAACGCACCCAACAAAAAUGAAGAAGGAAUGGAUGACUAAAAAGCCCUUCCAUUGUUGUGAGCAAAUAAAUCUGUAUUACGUA